UCCUCUUUUCGUCACAGCUGUCAGAAAUGUGCGCACGCACUUCCACAUGACAGCCGCAAAUUGGUGAUCCAGCUGGAGGACACCUCACCAGUUUUACUUUUUCUGUUGCUGGACGCCAGUGACGCCGCCAGAGUUGUAAAGACAGACGACCCUAAACUAAAUAAAAAGGGGACAGACUGAAGAUGUGCGCUGCUGUUUAUGUUCUGUCAACGGUAACAGGCUAUGUGCUCACUUCUGCCCUGCUGCUGAAAUGUCCGAACCUCCUGCACCGGAGGAAGAGGGAAACUUUCCUCAGCAGGCACAUAUCCCAUCGUGGAGGGGCAGGAGAGAAUCUGGAAAACACAAUGACAGCUUUUAAACACGCUGUUGAUCUCGGCACUGACAUGCUGGAGUUGGACUGCCACCUGACCAAAGAUGAACAGGUUGUGGUUUCACAUGAUACCAAUUUGCAGCGGGUCUGUGGUGUCGAAGCUGACAUCAGCAGCAUGACCUACGCCGAACUCCCUCCAUAUCUCUGCAAACUCGGGGUCACUUUUCAGAAGGAGUGUUUCUGCGAAGGAGGAGAGGACAAGCGCAUCCCGCUCCUCAGGGACGUUUUUGACGCUUUCCCUAAUACCCCCAUCAACAUCGACAUCAAGGUCAACAACAACACGCUGAUUAAGAAGGUUUCUGAGCUGGUUGUAAAAUACGACAGAGAAAAUCUGACUGUGUGGGGCAACUCCAGCAACCAGAUAGUCAAAAAGUGUUACAAAGAGAACCCACAGAUUCCAGUUUUGUUCAGCCUUCCCAGAGUAUUGCAGCUCUUAGGUCUUUUCUACACAGGCCUCCUGCCCUUUGUUCCUCUGAAGGAGCAGUUUCUGGAGAUCCCAAUGCCCUCUAUUAUAACCAAGCUACAGGAUCCGAGCAGAUUAACAAGGAGUCAGAGAUUUGUUGCCUGGCUCGCCGACACUUUGCUGAUGAGGAAAUCUCUUUUUCAACAUUUAACUGCCAGAGGAAUACAGGUGUACAUUUGGGUGCUGAACGAUGAGGAGGACUUCCAAAGGGCGUUCGAGUUGGGAGCCACUGGAGUGAUGACAGAUUUUCCCACCAUGCUUAAAGAGUUCAUGGAUAGGAAUGGCAUUUCCAAAGCCCAGUGACCCACAGUAUUCUCCCUCACCUCGUCUCUGGUCAUCCUUCAACCUGACUGACCCGCCAAACCAGCGCCUCACAUUCACCCACUUUCACUGCAUGCAUUCCAGCAGGCUUCCUCUCCCAGAUUGUGUGGAACCAGUAUGAAGCACCAGUUAGUCUACUGGUGACUAAAGUCACUUCUAGAGACCUGUUUCUAGAAAACCUCCAAACCUAUAAAAGCUACUUUAAAAUGAUUACAUAUAAACAGCCAUGCUACUGGGACCCAUAAACACUUGAUCCAGUUAGACAAAACCAAAUUUACUUCAAUUUAAAAUGGUUUGUGAUACAUUGGGACUCUAAAUUCUGCUUAGCUUUUAUGUUUAGCAAUAAUUUAAUGAAUUAUGUUUUCAUUUUGUGAUGAGCACAUCUAAAAUGUUUAUCAUACACUAAAAGAAACACACAAAGUGUGUAUGCCUUUUGAGUGGAAGGUGUUUACAUAUUUAUUAUACCUCUGUGAUUAUUUUUGAUAGAAAUCAUAACAGGAAGUGAAAUCUGAUGGAGACACCUGUUCACUAAAUACAUGUUUAUUGUUUUAGAUGAAGAUGCUCUUACUGUAGCUUCAUUAAAGUCAGUUUAGGUGAAAAUAUGAGCAGAUCCUUUUACUUAAUGAUAAUACCAAUGUGCCCUUCUCCAUCACAGUUCUGAGUAUCAGUCCCUCUGAGCUGCACAUUUUGUCCCGACUAAACUCCCCCCCCCCCCCCCCCCCAAAAAAAAAAAACAAUGUUAAGACGUCUGUCGGAUUUAAAAGCACACUAUCUUUAAAGUGAGUUUAGGAAACAGGACAACUAAAGUAUUGUGUUUGUAAGUCUUAUCAGUGUUGAAUAUCAUUGUAGGUAGAAACACUUUGAUAGUUUUAUCUUUGUACACAUGUUUUAUGAUGUAGCUAUAAUGUUUUACCAGCAACUUUUGAGUUUUUAUAAUCAGACAGUCACUUGGCUCCUGCUGGGAGAUUUCUUUUUCUUAUAAAUUGAGGUUUUCUACAGGCAGAAGGGUGGCCCUGUCUCAUAUCUAAAGAAAAAGAAAAACUCAUUGUACUUUACUGUUCUGUGUGUGUUUUAUGGGUACAAGAUAAUAUUUAGGCAUUUUCUCCCUGAGUUAAAUGAAUCGUUUUCAUUUAGAUGAUUUAAGGGAGGCGUUUUGCACAAAUCUGAGUCUUAUUUUUCUCACAAGUCGCUGCUGUAAACUUAUUUAAGAAAUUAAAUAUUUUUAUUAAGUGGAUUUAUUUUUGACCGCCCAUUAGAGGCAGUAAUUAAUGUUGGUUGUUUGAAGCAUUUAUUAAAAUUGCUAGACGAUAUUCCUGCCUCUCCACAGCGAGGUCUGUGGAGAGGCAGACUGCUGUAAGUCGGUUAUUACACGAUUUAUUAAUCCAGACUCAUGACCACACAAUGAGUGCAAUGAAUGUAGUAUUGUUUGAAUGUAUUUCAAAUCAGUCUCAGUAUUGUGUUCCAUGUGCUUCCUGUUCUAGGGUAUUUUGUGUUACUAUUGUCAGUUAUUUCUAUAGCUGUCGAUCCAUAAAACAUGACUCACAGUUUUAAAAUUAUUAUUCUAAGAUAACUUGUGUUGUUCUGGGUGUACUUUUUUGCUGCGUGCUCUGAUUUCCUGGUUUUGCUGACAAUCACUUUGUGGGGCCUGACUGCUUGUUUGUUGUUGUUUGAUGCUUCCAACCACUGUUGCCAUUUGAUUGCACAGAAACAAUAAAUACUCUACAUUUUCAUGAA